GGAAAUUCUCUAGAGAGAGAAAAUGGUUUCAUAGGAACUACCAAGAAUACUUCACGAAUAAAAGAUAAACAAAUCUAGAGAGAGAAAUAGAUGAGUGUCAGAAUUAGAAAGCGAGAGAGAGGGUCAAUAAAGAAAGGGGGACCUGAAUGUAAACAUUAUCCAGGCAUCCAUUCUCAUAGAAUGGUGCCUGGGUGAGUGCAGCUCUUCAGCCAUGGCGUCACCCCACCAACUUCUCUCUAAACACUUCUGCUCAUUGGGUUUUCCACCCUCUCUCUCUAAAGAUUUUCUUUUCAAUGGGUAUUCAAGAAGCUACAGUGAGGGAGAGAAACACUUCUCCUUAUUGGGUCCUCCACCAUCUCUCUCUCGACAAUUUCCUUUAAAUGGGUCGAGAUGCUCCACUGAGAGAGAGAAACCUUUUUGCUUAUUGGGUUCUCCACGUUCUCUCUCUCUUGUAAAUGGGUUCCAUGGAGCGUCUAGAGAGAGAAAGAGUGACAGAAAGAGUUCAUUUGAGGUUCGUUAUGAGGUGGAGAGUGGAAGCGAAAGCGAAAUGGAAGGUGAUGAGAAGUGGGUUUCAGAUGUGGCAGAGGUGCAAGCUUCAGGGGCCUCUGCUGUACCUGAUAGAUGGGAUGUUUUGGGACUUGGGCAAGCUAUGGUGGAUUUUUCUGGUAUGGUUGAUGAGGAGUUUUUAGAAAGGUUGGGUUUGGAGAAGGGAACAAGGAAAGUCGUUAAUCACGAAGAGAGAGGAAAAGUUUUGAGGGCAAUGGAUGGUUGUAGCUUCAAAGCAGCAGCUGGAGGCUCUCUUUCUAACACCUUGGUGGCUCUGGCGAGGCUCGGUAAUGGAUCCAGUAGAUGUCCUGAUUUGCAUGUGGCCAUGGCUGGUAGCAUUGGGAGUGAUCCACUUGGUGGUUUUUACAGUUCAAAGUUGAGGAGGGCAAAUGUCAAUUUUCUCUCAAGCCCUAUCAAGGAUGGUACAACGGGGACUGUAAUUGUCCUCACCACCCCAGAUGCUCAGCGGACAAUGCUCGCUUAUCAAGGGACAUCUUCAGCUGUGACCUAUGACUCAUGCUUAGCUGGUAUCGUCUCAAAAAUCAACAUUCUUGUUAUAGAGGGAUAUUUAUUUGAAUUUCCUCAGACAACAGAAGCAAUCUUGAAAGCAUGUGAAGCUGCGCAUAAGCAUGGGGCCCUAAUUGCUGUUACUGCUUCGGAUGUAUCAUGCAUUAGAAGAUACCAUAACCAUUUCUGGGAGAUCAUAGAGAGAUAUGCAGAUAUUUUGUUUGCAAACAGUGAUGAGGCAAGGGCCUUCUGCAACUUCACUUUAAAUGAGAACCCAGCAUCAGCCACAAGGUAUCUCAGCCACAUGAUUCCUCUGGUCUCAGUCACUGAUGGCCAACAUGGGUCCUAUAUUGGAGUAAAAGGAGAGGUUGUGUAUAUACCUCCAUAUCCAUGUGUGCCUAUUGAUACGAGUGGGGCGGGGGAUGCGUACGCUUCAGGUAUUUUAUACGGUAUACUCACAGGUGCACCCGAUUGGAAGUGUGUGGGUAGUCUAGCGGCUAGGGUUGCAGCUGUGGUGGUGGGGCAGCAAGGGACCAGGCUUAGGGUUCAUGAUGCUCUUGAAUUGGCCCAGUGGUUUGCUCCAAGAUUGGGUGGUGCUGGUUUAUGGUCUGAUGUUGGUUGUGAAAAUUCAUUGUAGUUGAAAUCCAAGAAAAUGGUCAUUGUAAUGUGUUUUAAGACUUGGGCUUUUUGGUUUCUUUUUAUUCUUUUUCUUUUUAUAGUUUCUAUUCAUUCAUCAGAUGAUUGGAUACAUGAAAUGGGACAUUGUCAUGUGAAUUGGGGGUGUUAUGCAUGGUUCAUUUUGCAA